UGGCGCAGGGACGGACGGAGGGCUGCUGCUGCUGCUGCUGGGCCUUCCUCCUCCUCCUCCUCCUCCUCCUCCUCCUCCUGCCUCCGGCCCCUGCAAAGCGAAAGUCCUUCCCUGGCGGCGAGCCGGAGGCGGCGGCGGCGGCGGCGAGGGGCUGCUGGGUCCCUGCCUGCCUGCUGCCUGCCUUUGGGCCGGGGCCUCCUCCUCCUGCUGCUGCUGCUGCUGCCUCUCCCCCUGGGGCUCCGGCCUUGGGCAGAAGGCCUCCCAGGCUGGAAGAAGGGCAGCCUGGAAGGGGGGUCUGGCCAUGGAGGGCCACGGAGGAGGAGGAGGACGGGGGAAGGGGCCCCCGAAGAAGAAGAAGGAGGAGGAGGAGGAGGAUGAGCGGGAGGCAGCAGGGGAGGGCAGCCCGGGCCCACAGCCCCCCACCGGCCCCAACCCCUUCGUCCACGACCUCCGCCUCAGCCCCCUCCAGAGGGCCAAGUUCUAUGUGCUUGGGAUCAUCCUGGCCCCAAUCCGUGUCGCUUUGGCCUUUGUGGUCCUCUUCCUCAUCUGGCCCUUUGCACUACUCCAAGUAGUAGGACUUCCAGAAGAGACACUGCAGGAGCCAUUCUCUGGAUGGAGAAACACAGUUUCCCACGGUUCGGUCUACUUGCUGAGCCGCUUGAUGUUCUUUCUGCUUGGUUUCAUGCGGAUACGAGUGCGAGGACAGAUGGCAUCGCGGCUUGAGGCCCCGAUCCUAGUGGCAGCGCCUCACUCAACCUUCUUUGACCCGAUCAUCCUUCUGCCCUGUGAUCUUCCUAAAGUGGUGUCUCGCACUGAGAAUCUCCAUGUGCCAGUCAUUGGAGCCUUGCUGAGGUUCAACCAAGCCAUCCUGGUCUCCCGCCAUGAGCCAGCCUCUCGUAAGAAGGUGGUGGAGGAAGUGAAGAAACGAGCCACUUCCCGAGGAAAAUGGCCGCAGGUGCUGUUUUUCCCAGAGGGUACCUGCUCAAACAAAAAAGCCUUAUUGAAGUUUAAACCAGGUGCCUUCAUAUCUGGUGUCCCCAUCCAGCCCAUCCUUAUUCGAUACCCAAACUCUCUGGAUUCAACAACCUGGGCAUGGAGAGGACCUGGAGUGUUAAAAGUCAUCUGGUUAACCGCAUCUCAGCCCUGCACCACUGUGGAAGUGGAGUUCCUUCCAGUUUACCAUCCCAGUGCUGAAGAGGCUGUGAACCCAACAUUAUAUGCCAACAACGUCCAGAAAGUGAUGGCCAAGGCUCUGGGGAUUCCGGCCACAGACUGUGAAUUUGUGGGCAACCUUCCAGUCACCGUAGUGGGGCGCCUGAGGGUGGCUCUGGAACCACGCAUCUGGGAACUGGGCAAGGUCCUCCGAAAGACUAGAUCCCUAACAGGAGGAACCAAAUGUCAGCUGGACCCACUGCCUGCUGGCACAUCAGGAAAACUCAAGCCAGCAGAGUUAGCUCAGUGGUUGAGUCUCACGUGCCCUGAGGCUGUUGAAGGACUCUGUACCUAUUUCCAAAAGGAUUCUGAAGGCAACAUGGAUUCCCGGGAAGUGGUCCUAGCACUGGAGGCACUGGAGGGAGAACAUGACCCACAGGAAUUGACACGUCAUGCCUUUGAGUUAUUUUCAGAGAAUGCUGGGACAGGGGACUGCCGCCUGCUCCAGGAUGGGUUCUGCACCAUUUUGCGCCUCUUGCUGGGCACGCCAGCUGCAGAUGGGGCUGCACUCUAUAGCCAGCUGUGUGCUGAGGAAUGCAGCCAGGAUGGAUUGAUCCUUGAUGAGUUCCAGGAUUUCUCUCUCCGUCACCCUGACUAUGCCCGCCUGUUCAGCACGUACCUGCGACCCCCUGCGGCCUGCACGCUACCCAAGCCUGGCCUCCCGCCUACCUGUGCUAAUGGCUCUCCUGCUGCCCUCCUCAAGAACAAAGCUGACUGAAACUUUAAAAACUCUUUAGCCAUGUGUAUAAACACAGAAGACACACACACACACAAACACACACAGAGCCAUGCCACACACUUGGCCACGCAAGAUCCAGCCCCUCCUGCUUGCUUGUUCGCUCCCAGCUGCCAUGGUGGUUAGGCAGAGGGGGGCAGAGACACCCCCAUCUCAGGGCAACCAUAACUGGGGAAUCACAGCCGCAAGUUCGUUAGGGGAUUGGGGCUUCUCUCUAGUUUCCUUUGGAAAGUUUAUUUUUGUUAUAGUUUAAUUAUAUCACUUAUUUUA